CUCUUUCCCAUUUCUCAGUAUCAAAGCGGGGGCUAAAAAAUAAAAAGAAAGCACCAAUAAAAAAAAUUCAAGAAAAUGAGUGAACUCGAUCAAAAGCUGGAAACCGCCACCACCAAUAACGGCAAAAGCAGCCCUGAAAGUCUCCCUGAAUCCAUCGAUUUCACCCUUCUCCGCCUUGACAGCUUCAAUUCAUCGGCUACCACCACCAACACUUCCGCUCCCGCUACCAACUACAACACUCCCUGCACCGCCUGUGGCUGCUCCGGUUCUUCUGUUCUUCCCACCGUCUCUUCUUCCUCCAACAAACGCCGUUCUCCUGAACCCACUACUCCUUUGUUGGACCCGCAAGAUCAAAUCCCCAAAAAACCCAAGAAACUCUUCCUUGAACCCCAGGAGAAUACCAACAUAACUUCAAUCCGUGACUUCUCGAAGAUUACCCUCCCUUGCACCUCAUCCGUGUUUAAUUUUGGACCCGCCAAGCCGACUCGUACCGACUCCCUUCCAGUCCUGCGCCGCUGCCAUUCCGAUCCUUACAGCCCUCCGGUGGCAGGGUCAGACACUCUCUCUGUGUCCGGCACGGGUUCUGCAACAAGCCUGCUUCCGCAAUCGCCACCAGAGACCGAUGUGGCGACGCCCGGGUCAAUGGAAACUGCUUCUCUGCCACCACGGCCGCCGAUGCUCAGGAGGACUGUAUCGGACCCAUCACCUAACAAAAGCUUUUUGCGGUCAUCUAAUUGCGAUGAUUCGACUGUUUAUGAGAAUCCCCACUAUAAGUGGCUAAGGAAGAUGAGGGAUUGCAUGAAGGAAAUGAAUCAGUGGUGUGAUGAACUUAUGCCUGAUGGAGUGAUAGGCGUUGAGGAAGUAGAAAAAUGCACUCAAGGCAAUACUGCCAAUGCGACGAAGACUGGUUCAGUGAUAGAAUAUGAAGAAGCCGUUUGUGCGGAGAGAACUGGGGAAUGCCUAGUUGUCCACUUUAAGUGUCCCUGUAGCAAAGGCUAUCAGAUUCUUCUUUAUGGAAGAGACUGCUACUACAAGCUAAUUUAGUAGCACAUAAUUGGGGCAGCACGCUGAUUCCAGCUCCUGAUAGAGUUCUCAUUCUUUUUGCUUUUGAAUUCUUUACUAAAAAUCUUAGUUGAAACCUAUUUCAUUUACUACGCAAGUUCCUUCCUUCUUUAGGCUUCUUGUUUUCUGUUUUUAGAGGAUAGCUUCUUCUGGUGAAGUACUAAUCUAAAGAUGAAGACUAAAUUCUGUUGUUCUUAGGGCAUAAAAUUCUUUUUUAGAUUGAUAUUGGUCAAUGAUACCCAUUUUCUGUACAGUUCUUAUCUGUCUAAGCCUUAGGUUCCCUGUCCUGUUCAUAAACAUUAUUUGGCAGUUCAGAUGAUGUUGUCUUAGGUUUGAAGGUUAGCUUAGAUGAUUUACCAUUCAUCUCUGUAUUGUGUCUAACCGAGACAAAUAGGAAUAGGAUGCCAGUGCCAAUCUCGGUUGAUUGUAUUGUAAUGGUGGGAAAUAAAUAAUCCAUGAAGAUUGAAGAGUUAUGGUGGUUGUAAAGAUGAUAAAUGUACUCUUCUGGAAUUCUUCCGGGGAAUGGUUAACGCAUGAAUUUUACUGGUUUA